AUGCCAAGCCAGUGCAGGUUAUUGGUGAGGAAUGCGGCGCAGCUGGUGCAGGUCAGUGACAGUGGGGCCCAGUACCUGGGCAAGGCCGAGAUGCAGAGACCGGUCGUGAUCACUGGGGCCAGCAUUGUCAUCAACAGAGAGGGUCUGAUUGAGGCCGUGGGGCCAAAUGAACUGAUCCAAUCCAAGUAUACAGGAGUUACAUUUGACCAAGAAAUCGACGCUUGUGGGAUGUGUGUGCUGCCAGGUUUGGUCGAUGCUCACACUCAUCCGGUGUGGGCUGGAGACAGAGUUCAUGAAUUUGCAAUGAAGCUGGCGGGAGCAUCCUAUAUGGAGAUUCACAGAGCUGGAGGAGGAAUACAUUUCACUGUCGAACACACGAGGAAGGCGUCAGAGGAGGAGCUCUUUGAAAAAUUGAGAGGGCGGCUGUGGCGUAUGGUCAGAACAGGGACCACACUGGUGGAGUGCAAGACAGGCUAUGGCUUGAACUUGGAAACCGAGACCAAAAUGCUGCGGGUGAUUGAACGAGCCCGAAGGGAACUCGAUAUCAGCAUCUCCUCCACAUACUGCGGUGCUCAUUCUGUGCCGAGAGGGAAGACCCCAGCGGAAACAGUGGAUGAUAUCAUUAGAGUUCAACUCCCCAAACUGAAGGGGAUGAUGGCAAACGGUGAAUUUCACAUCGAUAACAUUGAUGUGUUCUGUGAAAAGGGAGUCUUUGACCUGGAUUCCACCAGAGCUAUAUUACAGGCUGGCAAAGAGAUGAAACUCCAGAUUAAUUUUCAUGGUGAUGAGCUCUAUCCAAUGCAUGCAGCAGAGCUUGGUGCUGAACUUGGUGCUCUCGCAAUAAGUCACUUGGAAGAAGUGAGUGAUGCUGGGAUUGCUGCUAUGGCAACUGCAAAAUCGUGCGCCGUGCUUCUUCCAAGUACUGCUUACAUAUUGAGGCUUAAAACACCACGAGCCCGAGACAUGCUUGAUGCUGGAGUGAUUGUUGCUCUUGGUAGUGACUUUAAUCCCAAUGCAUACUGUUGUUCGAUGCCAAUGAUCAUGCACCUGGCAUGUGUCAACAUGAAGAUGUCGAUGAACGAGAGUCUGGUAGCUGCCACCAUCAAUGCCGCUUAUGCCCUGGGAAAAUCCUACUCUCAUGGCUCCCUGGAGGUAGGAAAGCAAGGCGAUCUCCUCAUCAUUAACGCACCAAGGUGGGAGCACUUGAUUUAUCAGUUUGGAGGUCAUCAGGAUCUAAUCAAGUAUGUCAUUACCAAAGGAAAGAUCGCAUAUGAAAAUAAAAGCUGCCUGGAUUAUUAA